AUCAUUUUAUAGCAUAUUGUCUAUGCUACUACUAUAUAACGACCGAAGGUGUUUUUAUAGAAGAUUCAUAAGAAUACGAAAUGGCAGCCCCAACAUUAGCACUUGGAAAUUAUAAAAUACCUAUAGUUGGUAUUGGAACAUUUACCGUCACCGAAGAAGAAACUUUAGAAAAAGCUUUAGAUGUUGCAUUGGAGGUCGGUUAUCGACAUAUUGAUACAGCCUAUCUUUACAAAAAUGAACAUAUUAUCGGCAAGGUUUUGAAAAAAUGGUUUUCAUCCGGAAAGCUGAAAAGAGAAGAUGUAUUUAUAACCACUAAAUUACCGUGGAGCAACAACUAUCCGGAAGGUGUCGAAAAAUCUUUGAAAGAAUCUUUAGAAUCCCUACAGCUUGACUACGUCGAUCUGUACUUAAUUCAUUUUCCGAUUCGGACAACUCCUUUAGACGAUAAAGGAUUUCAGGGCUUACAAGGACUGCCGACUGACCAUAUAGGUAUCUGGAGACAAAUGGAAGAACAAGUAAAAGCCGGACGCGCUAGAACCAUAGGUUUGUCAAAUUUCAACCAGAGACAAGUAGAGAACAUUUUGAGAGAAGCCAAAAUCAAACCCGUCGCCAAUCAAAUUGAAUUAAAUGUCUACCUGUCUCAAAAUGAGUUUGUCGAGUUUCUUCAGAAGAAUGGACUAGUGGCCAUAUCGUAUUUUUCUUUGAGCAACCCAGGAUUGAAAGCGCAUUGGCCCGACAAACCGCAAGUGUUGGAAGACCAAAUCGUACAGAAGAUCGCGGAGAAGCACAAAAAGACGCCAGCUCAAAUUUUGCUCAAGGCACUGGUGCAGAGGAACAUCGCCGUUAUACCCAAAAGCGUCACGCCAAGUAGAAUAAGAGAAAACUUCCAACUGUUUGAUUUUAAUCUGGACGACGAAGAUGUGAAAGCUUUAGACAGUGUGGCUCUAGGCGAAAAAGCUAGAUUGGGCGGCCUCAAACAACUACAAAGUCAUCCGGAGUAUCCCUACCCGAUUAACCAGGAGUAAAUUGUGUAUUUGAUAUUAUGAGAUAAAAAAAAUAUGAUUUAUUUUUUAUUAUUAUUUCACUCGCAACAAAUCGGGAAAUCGCAAAACAAAAUACAGGAUAUAUCGUGUCUUUGUACAUCAAACGCCUAGUUGGUUGAAACUGAAAGGAAACUUGUUACAUGAAUUACAAUUUCUUGAUAAUGAAACAUCUACAUUUAUUUACACGAUUUGCAGCAAUUUACUUCGAUAUAAUUUUUAAAAAUCUUGUGUGACUUUAGACAUUGUUUUGACAUUAUUCCA